AAUCCUCAGAUACUAACAACAAUGCAGCUGAAAGUGACAUCAACUCAAGUAACAUGGACUCAGGCUCUGACGCUGCAGAUAACAAUGGCGACAGCCAGGAUGAUGAAAACCAAAAUACUGAUGAAGGCGCAGACUCUGAUGCUCAAGAUAAUGAUGCCAACAGCAAAGAGGAGGAGCCAGAUGCAGGGAGUGAGGAGUUUAUCGAGAACAAGGAUGAGGACGUGACCUCAAAGGAGGACAAAACCAAAGAAAAAGAUGAAGACACAAACAAUAAUGAGGACAAGGACAAAACCAGCCAGGCUGAUGGUGACGACACCGAAACUGAGCUCAAAGAUCAGGACAAUAGUGAUGCUGACAGCAAUGACUCUGACAACAAUGACCCCGCCAACAAUGACCCCGACAACAAUGACCCCGACAACAAGGACUCUGACAGCAAUGACUCUGACAACAAUGACCCCGACAACAAUGACCCCGACAACAAUGACCCCGACAACAAGGACUCUGACAACAAGGACUCUGACAACAAGGACUCUGACAACAAGGACUCUGACAACAAGGACUCUGACAGUGACAGUGACCCUGACAACAAUGACCCCGACAGCAAUGACUCCAACAAUGACCCUGACAGUGACAGUGAUCCUGACAACAAUGACCCUGACAGUGACAGUGAUCCUGACAACAAUGACCCUGACAGUGACAGUGAUCCUGAAAACAAUGACCCCGACAGUGACAGUGAUCCUGAAAACAAUGACCCCGACAGUGACAGUGAUCCUGAAAACAAUGACCCCGACAGUGACAGUGAUCCUGACAACAAUGACCCUGACAGCAAUGAUUCUAACAGUGACCUCGACAGCAACGACUCUGACAAUCACACCAACAACAAUGACUCAGAGGAUGACUCUGACAACAGUGACCCCAACAACAGUGACCAUGACAACAACACUAACGAUGAAGACAAGGUUGAGGACGAGCCUGUAACAUCAGAUAUUGAUGGACCAGAGCAGCACAGUCCAGAAACUCCUGUCUCUGAGAAUGUGGAGCAGGACGACUCUGCAACGUCAGAACCUGAGGAGCAAAGUCCAGAAACUUCCACCUCCACUGAAGCACCAUCUGCUGAUCAAUCAGGCCAAUCGAACCAACCCGACAACCCCCCCUCUACCACAGCAGACGGUAAAGUUCACCAGAUCUCAUAACCAAUCCCAGCUCAGAUCUCAC